UGCUCAGCUGCUGCAUGUGCAGUGGGGUUCGCUGUGGUGGGUCGCCUCAAAUCCCAGCUCACACUUCGCAAACUAGUUUCUGCCCCUAGGGGCUGCGGAGGCGGGGAGAGGGACAGGGAGCAGGGAGUGAGAGCAAAGUCCUGGCCUUGGAGUGGAGUGGCGUUGGGGGACCUUCCCUCUCCAACCCAGACUAGAUCUGAGCAUCAUCCCCGCGCACUUCUAGAAUCCAAAUUUGAGGAGAGAAAGACAAUGGUGGGAUUGCUAGACCAGGAAAGGAAAAAAUGAACCACAAAGGGCAAUAGGAGGGUGAGGAGGAGUCGGCACAAGCCCCUCUGACAGCUUCAGUUCCCUCACAAACUCAGAGUCAACUCCUAAUUCCAAUACAGCUGACCAGACAGCCCCAGCUUCCUACCUGGGUGUCAGCAGGCUAAAGACUCCUUCCCUGCAAGGGGCAGAAGCCCAGGCCUGAAGAGAAAACUGCAGCCCUUUAGCAAAGCAAACUCUGUGGUUUUGUCUCCCUUUUGGCUCUCUCAGCCCCACCAAUCCCAACAGCACCCUGGUGGCUGAGAGGAAGAAGGAAGGAAUGCAGACUCUGGGGUCAACAUGGGGCCUAUAUGGCCCUCCGAGUCUGGUGGGGAAGGAUGUCUCAGGCCCACCCAACUGUCGCUUUUGUUUUAUCUGCAGUUGGGGAAGGGCCUUAAUUCCUUUGGACCCAUACAGUGAUCACCCACCCUGACCCCAACUCUUUAACCAGAGCCUAAUUAAGCUAAAGGGAACAGAGAAGAGAGAACUUUCCCUGUCUGUGUAAGUCAGCAGAGCAAGCCAUCUAGGGACUGAGUUUUCAUGGGAUAGGUGCAAAGCGAUGUGUUUAGCAAUGAGUAGCCUAAACAAGUGGGCCUCAACCUCUCUCACCCACCACCCAUGAAUGACAUAUAAUAUAUACGCCCCACACUAUCACCUUCAUUCCUCAAUUUUAAAGUUUGCUUAUCACUGGCUAGACCAUUGUUUCUCAACCUUUUUUUUUAUCCCUUGCCCGCUUUUGAUAAAUAUAAAGAAACACCCCAAUUACUCCCACCAUAUUCUGAUACCUUUUUCAGGGGCUUGUGCUCCCAUCACCUGUGAAAAAUCACUGAAAAUAUGGGUGAAAUGAAAGGCAUUUCAUUUUCAAAGUCAGGAAAGGAAUAGGGAAGGCAUUAGAGAUGGUUCCCUGAAGACCUUAGCCUAAAGUUCUGCAUUUGCCAAAAAGGCCAAAAAGCAAUACCAUUAUAAUGAAGACGAGUGGAAACAAAAAAAUAGAACUUUCUCCCAUCCUUUCAUAAAACCAUGUAGUUGAGUGCAUGCCUGGUCACUGGCUCUUAUGGAGAAUGUCAUGGACCUAGAGAAGGAUCAGAGAAUGAUUCACAGAAUGGGGAGCAAGGGGCUGCUAGAGAGAGCAAACUUCAAAGUUUAGGCCUCUGGAAGGUGAAAUAGGAUGGAAAUCCACAAAUAAUGAAAGGCCUAGAUAAGCAGAAGAUUUGUUUGCUCCCCAAAUCCUGAAAUGGGAGAUGAGGGGGCCUCAUAGAACCGGAGUGAUGCAAGCUCAGGAUGAAUAGGAAAAUGUUCCUUGGCACACAGUGGGCAGCAAACUUCCAAAGCUCAUUUCCAGAAAGGAGGUAGAGGCAGGAAGUAGAAACGGAAUCCUUCAGGGCUUGGGAGGAUCAGUGCAUGUCAGAGCCACAAAUGGUUGCUGGAGCGGAGGGGGCAAGGCGUGGAAAGAACUCAGACUCUGGUUUUAGGAGAACUGGAUUCAAAUCUCUUCAAUCUGUGUAACCUCGUACAAAUUCAUCUUAGAGGUGAAAUGAGAAUGCACAUUCCUGACACUCAAGGUGGUUUCAAGAGUUCUAUGAAAUCAUGUAUUUGAAAGCCCUUUGCAAAUGGAGAAGCACCACAGAAAUAAGAAGCAUUAUUGCUAUUAUUAUGCCCAAACUGUAGGUCCCCUGUAACCACAGAAUCUUUGUUUGGAAGGAUGGGGUCUCAAGUCCUAGAGCAGCCUGGUAGCAUCUGAUCCAGUCACAGGAAGAUUCUCAAUGACAGAUGGAACACCCUAUCCCAAGCUUCUGAUGCCUGCCAUUUACCCCUGCUCCUCUCCAAGAAGAGUCCUAGGGAGCUCCACAAAUGCUUAACUCUUCCACUAAUCUGAUCCGAUCCCUGCCUGCCUCCUCUUCAAGGCUGUGAAUAUGAGCCCAGGAUCCAGAUCCAGGAGGGCAGAGGGGAACAGGCUGGAACUGAGCUGGGGAUAGGCAUGAGAAAGGGACAGAGCCACCCAAAUCUUUUUUUCUCCAUUCAUUCUAAAUGAUGAGUCCUAGAGGGUGGGGAGGAAGAAGGAAGCUAACCUGAAAGAUCCAUUAGGUCCUGAGCUUUGGGAUCAUCUGGAGUGUCUAGUCCAUGGUCAUGGACCAGGGACCCAUGAGGAGAGUGAUAGGGACAGAAAGGCAGUGGGGUAAGUGAGAGCUGCUUUCAAAACUCUCUCCACUCCUUUUCCAUUGUCCUCCCUGGGGCCUUCUUUACACUUUAGUUAAGUGCCCCCCUUUCCCACCUUUCCCCUGCUCAAUCCAUUCUGUUCACCACAGCCAAAUAAAGGUCUCAGAGAUACUGCUCUUAUGUCUCUCCCCUGCCUGCAAGCUUCCAGUGACUCCCAUUGCUUGGAGCACUGCUUCUCAAAAGGGGGAUGGGGGGAGAGGGCAGGACAGGAGUGGAAGGGGCAUGACGCUGCAAGAUAAACAUGGCCCAUCUUCCUGGUGUGUGAUGUCACUUGAAGAUGUCACGUGGAGAUUUGGAGAGAAAACAUUAUUUUAUAUUAAGACAAAUAUAAUUUAAGUAUGGAACAGAAUGCAAAAUUUGCUUCAAUUUUUACCAUAAGGUUGGAGAUCUCAAAGAAGUUCCAUAUUGGUGGCAGAUGUUUGAGGUUGUGCUCCCAGUUUCCCAGAGUCAUGUUCUCUGUUACUGGUCUUAGGGGUUUUUGAUGGAAAAGCUGGAGAUGCUCUAGCCUAGACUCUAUCAAACCUGAAGCACCAUCCCUUGUCCUUCAUUGGAGUCCCCCCGACCUGUUUUUCUCUGAUGAUCUCCCGUGGCCCACACUGAGACCCUGGCCACAUUAGGCUGCCUGUUGCCCUAUGAACCUGCCAGCUCAUUCCCAAUCCUGCUGUGUUAUUUAGAAGCCUCUGCUCCUUUACCUCCCCAGUUCCCAGCUCUGCCAUGUGCUACCUUCUCUGAGCCCCAAAACCUGAUACCUUACAUGGGAUUCCAUCUCUUUGAUCCCCCACAAUGUGAAUAUUAGUCCCAUUCAGCCUAUCGUCGUCCAUCCUGUUUGCUUCCCCAGACUGUACAGGCUCCUAGAAGUUAGGCUCUGUGCCUUACCAUUCUUAGGGAUUUGUCUUAGCACCUAACAUUUGCUGAAGGAAAGAAGAAAGGGGAAGAGUGGGUGUGGGGGCCCAUUUCUCUGAUCCUUAACUUACCCCUUGAUAAAUUAACCACAUCAAAUCAUUGCUGCCUCCACUUGAGUCUUAGGGUUUCUUCGUGGGGCUGUGAGACUCGUCUACAGCUGUCUUCGUUUGCUCCCAUUUGCUCACCGCAGUUCGGCAAACCAGACGGUUUGGGCGUUCAGCAUCCCUGAUGAAGUUAAGGGCCUCACUUCAGAUCCAGGUUUCUAGGUGGGCUCCAUGCUAGUUAAGGGCCCUGGUUUAUACUCUAUUGCCAACCUGCUAUUUGCUGAGCAGAGCCACAGCACCCCAACUCUAUCCCCUCCAUCUUCCUCUUCAUUCAGUGGUUUUCUCCCAUCUCAGUUCUAGGGUAUACCUUCUGCUUAGGCAUUAUUAUUUCAACUACUUGGGAGCUCUCUGGCUGUAGUCCUAGUUUCUCCCGUUGGCGUCAGGACAAAAGUGGGCACACAUGGCAUUUGCCUUCUUGCCAUGAGCUUGGGUCUCUUGGAAGCCAUGGCCUCCCUACUGUGAACUCUCUGGCCUGUGAUGACCUCUGCUCUCCACCUUAAUAUACCUUGAAUAUUUUGGUCUUGCUGCAGUCCAUGAUAGGCUUCCUGUAAUCCCAUGUAGGCAGCCUGUACCUCAGAAUCAGAGUGCGCCUGCAGGCCCUUUCUUCUUCCCUGGGCUAGGAUUGUCACCCUGACCCCAUGGAGCCUUGCCCGUGCAUCCCCAGCAGGGUGUGUCAGGAAGGCUGGAUGGGGGACAGGCAGCCCCUCCCAGAACUGGACUCAGCACCACCGUUAAAUCCUGACUCUCUUUGGCCCUGCCUGGUAUUUCCUACCAGCGUCAACCAAUCCUGCAGCUUCCAGACUUACUGCUUGUCCCUGUCCACUGAGUGAGGCGAAGCCCCUGGCCUCAGUCCCAACUCCCCAGCUUCCUGACCUCCAACAGUUUGGGGGAGCUUAAUCCUCAGCCAGCCUGUCUCCAGCUCAGACAACAGCUUGGCGCCCCCCGCCUCUGCCUGGCUAGCCCACCCAGCCACGAGUCAGCUACAGGCCUGUGCCCCCACCCUUUAUCUCUCUGUUGCCUGCUUGACUGUGGUGUUCUUGCCUUUUCAGUUUCACAGGCAAGGCCCUUCUCAGCCUCAUCACGCCCUUCCCACUGUUACUACCCCAGUCAAGAGCCUGAAAGCUUCCUUCUUUCUUUUACCAGUCCCUGAUCCCCAAAGUACCUCUUAGCUUGGGUUAGUCUGUCCAUUUUGUUGUUACCUUAUUGACUGGGCCCUCCCUUAUGUGUAGGGUAGGGUAUUCACAAUACACCUUUGCAUUCCACUCUCAAAUGCUGCAUACUUACCUUUAUUCAAUAGAGAAAUUCUUCACUGGGAGAUUCAGGGUCUAGGAAGGUGAACUCAAGCAAGGGCAGAUGUGAGGAUGAGAUCUUACCACUCUAGCCUCAGUGCCUUACUCAGUGCCCAGCUCAUAGAGGUGCCAAAUAAACAUCUGUUCAAUGAGUAAGGAGGGAGGGGAAAGCAACUGGGAUAGAGUUUUACCCCCACUUAUUUUUACAUCAAGUUUUAUUUUAACCCUAUAACAAUACUAGAGGUAGGUAGGGAAGGAAUUAUGUUUUCCCUUUUAGAGAUGGAAAAAAUAUGUCCAGAGAGGUAAAGAACACAUAGCUAGGAAGUUGGGGAGCCAGGACAUGAACCCAGAUCUUUGUCUCCAAACCUAAUUUCUUCCGGCUAUAUCAAAUCACUUUCCUAGGUGGGAGCUGGACAAUUUCUGCCCCCUUCCCCCAAGCCAUCCUCUUAUUCAGACUUCUCCCCACCCAGCCAAACAGGCUCUCCCCCAGCAACCACUGAGUAUAGAGCACUCCCCUGGCCCCUUUGGCCUCCUCCUCCCCCAUAGAAUCCUUAGUUCCUGGGACUGAGAGCUGAGGUUCAGAGGGGCCAGGAAGGGGGGAGGGUAACGGCUAGCUCCAAAACAGCCAAGGCAGCUGUCCCUGUCACAGAGAGAGGAGACUGUGUGACGGUGUGGGUCUGUCUGCCUGAAUGUGGGAGCACAUGUGUGGGAGAGUAUGUGUUUGUAUGCCUCUAGCUCCAAGUCCAAGUGCUUAUUUUGUCUGAGUGGAGGCCCAUGUGUGUCUGCAUGUGUGUCUGUCUGUCUCUGGGAACACACAGCCUGAAGUCCACUUUCUCGGCCUCGUCUUUUACUUUGGCCCUUGUCUCUCCUCACCGUGCCUCCCUCUGCUGCAAUAGAGGGUGAAACCAAGACACAGGUAUGGAAUGCUGGGGGAAGGGGAGUUUGGAAUAGUGGAAGUCUGGAGCCAAAGCAGACUGGAAGGACAAAUGGCACCGUGGGAUUUAGCUUUCCCUUCAGGCGAACCCAGUUAUCCCUCUUUUCCCAGUGGUGUUGCUCCCAUGGCCUCCGGAGAAGUCAGGGGCAUGGUUUGCAUUUCGAGAGCAUCUUGGAUAUGAAGUAAAAGGAGACUUCAGAACACCCCCUUUUCCAGCUCCCAGUUCUAAGCCUUUUGAGCUAUUUGGGAAGAACUACCAGUCAAGGCUGCCAGAGGCCCCACCCAAGGGCAUUUCCCUUCUAUCAGACCAUCACUGGGGCAGCCCCAAGCCUGAUUCCUGACUGCAGAUCUGGAAGGGGAGAGUCCUCCCUCCAUGGAGUUCGGCCUGCUCAGCGAGGCGGAGGCCCGGAGCCCGGCCCUCUCGCUGUCAGAUGCGGGCACUCCCCACCCGCCACUCCCAGAACACGGCUGCAAGGGCCAAGAGCACAGCGACUCGGAGAAGGCCUCGGCUUCGCUGCCCGGAGGCUCCCCGGAAGACGGCUCCCUGAAGAAGAAGCAGCGGCGGCAGCGCACCCACUUCACCAGCCAGCAGCUACAGGAACUGGAGGCGACCUUCCAGAGGAACCGCUACCCCGACAUGAGUACGCGCGAAGAGAUCGCCGUGUGGACCAACCUCACUGAGGCCCGCGUGCGGGUGUGGUUCAAGAACCGGCGCGCCAAGUGGCGGAAGCGCGAGCGCAGCCAGCAGGCGGAGCUAUGCAAGGGCGGCUUCGCCGCGCCGCUCGGGGGGCUGGUGCCGCCCUACGAGGAGGUGUACCCCGGCUACUCGUACGGCAAUUGGCCACCAAAGGCUCUCGGCCCGCCGCUCGCUGCCAAGACCUUCCCGUUCGCCUUCAACUCGGUCAAUGUGGGGCCUCUGGCAUCGCAGCCCGUCUUCUCGCCACCCAGCUCCAUCGCCGCCUCCAUGGUGCCCUCGGCCGCGGCCGCCCCGGGCACCGUGCCAGGGCCCGGGGCCCUGCAGGGCCUGGGCGGGGGGCCCCCCGGGCUGGCUCCGGCCGCAGUGUCCUCCGGGGCAGUAUCCUGCCCUUACGCCUCGGCCGCCGCAGCCGCUGCUGCAGCCGCCUCCUCCCCCUACGUAUAUCGGGACCCGUGUAACUCGAGUCUGGCCAGCCUGAGGCUCAAGGCCAAACAACACGCCUCUUUCAGCUACCCCGCCGUGCCCGGGCCGCCCCCGGCCGCCAACCUCAGUCCGUGCCAGUACGCCGUGGAACGGCCCGUAUGAAUGGCCCGGUCCGUCGACCAUCCCCGAAGGCGGGGUCGAUAAUUCACAGCCUCCCCGGACUGGGGUCGUCUAGACUGGCUUGCCCCUGCCCCGGGGUCUGAGAGGGGUGCUGGGGCAGCUGAGGGGUGGGGGGGAGGCGGCCGGCUCAGGAGACAGACUUCCCCCACCGCCGACCCUGAGGGGUGGACUGGACCCUACACACAGUCCGCGCCCCUGGGACUAAGGCCAGGAAAAGGGACCAGUUCCCCAGGGGCCAACUGACCCUUGGCCCACCCCGCCUUCUUCAGACUCCUCUCCUCAUUUUCAAAGAUUAAUGAAAUAAACGUGCGCGGACUGCCAAAGGC